AUGGUCGCAUCCGACAAUCAAAGUACAGCCUUGCAUGGUCAGUUCCCUUUGCGAGACGUGGAUAACUACUUGGACGACAACUUCGGGUUCAGUAUUGUUGUGUUCGUCGACUACGAUUGCGAAGCCUACCACGCGAAAAUCAAAGACGCCUUCAUGCGUCUUCCGAUGCCUUCGAUGCCUCACGAUAUGAAUCUUGGCAUGAAGCCCUUUUUCCGAGUUCUCCAGCAUGAUGGACCGAUAGCAGAAGCGACUGCCGAGCAACUGCAGCUAUCAGAGACCCUUGAAGAAUCUCUGAAUGCGCUGCAAGGCCAAAGCCCAGAGAUGCCCAGCGAAUGGAAUUUCGACAACGAUCUUGUCUAUCCUUACCCCAAACUUUAUCAUUGCAAUCACAUACUUGUCGGACCUUUGAAGCAGAAUCUGGACCUACAGCAACAGACAGAUCUUCAGGUGCUAUCUAAGUACAUAGAUGAGCGCUUGACCUCGGAGUACAAGGGGAUGGAAGAACUAGCAGCUACGGGAAUGGUAGACCGAAAGCAUUGGAUGAUGCUGUUCCUGCCGGACGAUACGGCAAUCACUCUUCAAGAAGGCCAAUACCGCGCCUAUACUGUGAAAUCUUGCCGACUGGUGGAUGAGAACACGCUGGAAAUGGAUUGCUGGUCUUGGGACGAACUCAGCAGUGAAGAGUUGGAGAAUGAUGAGCCUCCAGGUGGUGCAUUCACGCUUAUGCUGCCUCCAACUAUCAAGGGUUAUGGCUUUCACAACAAGAAAUGGAAUACACUGCUGGUGGAACAUAUACAGGAUAUCAAAUGGAACAGUGGAGUCUUCGAGAACCGACUGGUUCUCCAGGAAGACAAGAAAGAGCUGGUAAAAGCGCUAGUCACGGUCCACAUUGAGAAGAGCCGUGAGAUCAAGACCGACUUCAUGGACGGAAAGGGUGAGGGUCUUAUCAUACUGCUUCAUGGCGGACCAGGUACUGGCAAGACCCUCACCGCGGAAAGUAUUGCAGAACUCGUUCAUCGUCCUCUUUAUAGGGUGACUUGUGGAGAUAUUGGGACAGAUGCCGAAAGCGUCGAGAAGUAUCUUGAGUCGGCCUUGUUCAUCGGAAACACCUGGGACUGUGUGGUCCUACUGGAUGAAGCAGAUGUGUUUCUUGAAGAGAGAACAAAGAUGGAUCUUCAACGCAACGCGCUGGUCUCCGUGUUCUUGCGCGUCCUGGAGUACUACGAUGGUAUCUUGAUCUUGACGACAAAUCGCAUCGGUACCUUCGAUGAAGCGUUCAAGUCUCGCAUACAGCUCGCGCUCCACUACCCACCGCUGAACAGAGAUGGCCGUUGGGAAGUCUGGAGGAACUUUGUCAAGUCAUUGUCGGAGGCUGGUGAGAACAUCAACACCGAAGAAAUAACCAACAAGCUCGAUAUCCUCGCCCGACAUAAACUGAACGGUCGCCAGAUUAGGAACACGAUCAACACAGCUCGCCAGCUGGCGCGGUACAAAAAGGACUCAUUGCGCUACGCGCAUGUGGACCAGGCUGUCCGGGUUGUCAACGAGUUUGAGAAGUACGUGACCGACGUACACGGUCAUGAUGAUGAGGAAUAUGCGCGAGAUCAAGGCUUGAGGAACGAUGAUGCUUUGCAGGUAGACUGA